UGUAUCCCCAGGGCGGUUGACAUAGAAACCCAGGUAGCCAAGCGAGCCUGGGUCUUAGGGACGCGCCCGGCUGGUUUAUUCCCCGGGUCGUCCGAACGCCGAAGGAAAAGCAGCCCGAUUUUCGCGCGCAAUCGAUCCGCGGGAGCAUGAGAAGCGCUGGCAGUUCCCGUGCGGGCUCUGCCUGCUCCAGACUCAUCGACGUGACCAGCAACGCACCGUUGCUGCGCUCGCCUGACAGCGUCUCAGCCUCUUCCGAAGCGGAGCAGAGAACUCAUAAUUAUUUGCUACUGGAUGUUCCUGACACUCGAGAACAGCUAGUCCAUUAUCGGAAUGCAGCAGAAACAGCCAGCAGUGAGCUUGCCGCACUCCUAGUGAAGUACGAAUGCGCUCAAGCAGAGAUUCUAGAUCUUAAAUCCAGAAUAGCCUCACAGGAAGUAUCCAUACAAGAAUUCAAAGCUGAAGUUGGGGGCUAUAAGGAGAACGAUGCUCGUCAGUCUUCUCUUCUUUUUUCCAUGCAACACAAAUUCCAAGAACUUGAGAAGGAAUCAGGCACAAUUGCCAUUUCCAAACAUCAAGCAGAGCUAAAAUCACAAGCUAUUCUCCAGGAGAACUUGGAGCUAAAGGAGAAAAUCUAUGAACAAGAAGAGCAGAUCAAAAAAUAUUUGAACAAAUCUGAAGAAAGCAAAUCCUAUGCAUCUAAGGUCAGCAGAGAACAAAAUGAAUUCAUUGCACAACUCUGUCAUCUCCUGGAAGUGGGCAUAGGAGGAAACGAAGAGUCACCAGAGCGCCUGCUCUCCAAGAUCCGUGGAAUGCGUAAAGAAAAUGACUCGCUAAAAGAACAAAUAGAUACCUUCAGAGAGACCAUAACAAUUCAUGAGAUGGAACUGAAAGCCAACAGAGAAACCAUCAUGAGGCUCGUGUCAGAAGUGAACAAGGAGCAAAAAAAAGCAGCAGCUUGCUCUCAAGACAUAGAAAAGCUAAGUGAUGACCUAAGCAACAUUGCAGGAGCUAAGCAGAAUCUUGAGGAGGAGAUCAGAAGCCUCCAAAACAGAUUGGCAGCCAGCCAGCGGGCUUGGGAAGAAUUCGGCCAACUAAAGGUCCAUUGCAAUGAAAAAGAAAUGGAACUGAGAACUAAUCUAGAGCAAGCCAGAGAAGAAAAAAAGCUGCACAAUGAAUUCAAAGAUCAAAUAGUGGCUUUACUGGGGAGUAACCCCAUUGUGGCGACUCCAUCCAAGGAAGACAUUGUGGAAAAAAUCCGAGAGUUGUGCCACAGAGAGGAGAGCAAAAAAAGAAUGGUAUCCCAGCUUGAAGCCCAAAUCAGCAAACUUACCGAGACUCUGGAAACUCAGACAAUGUUGCAUCAGGAGGCCUUGCAAAGAGCCAAAAAAUCAGAAAACAAAUCAGAAAUGCUUCAUGAUCAGUUGAUGCGCCUAGAAGGAGAGCUGGUAUCUGGAGAUGUGAUGCGAGAUGCUUGGAAACUUGAGAAACAACAAUAUCUUAAGUUUCUGGAUCAGCUCUCUGAAAAGAUGAACCUGGACAGAAUAGCAGUGGAGGUUGGAUUUGACAUGAGGUUGGAUGCAGUGCUGGCUCGUGCAGAACAGUUGAUCAAGUUGGAACGAGACACAUUGACUGACAAUAAGAUCAUGGUCCGAAACCUGCAGAGAAAGGUAAAAGCUCAGAAAGAGCAACUUGAAAACAAAGAACUGCAUGUGAAGCUUUUGCGUCAGAAGAUCGUCCAGCUGGAUGAGGAGAAGCAAGUGCGCACAGCCCUGGCAGUAGAAAGGGAUGAGGCCAACCUCACAGUCCGAAAGUUACAAAAGAAAAUAGACAGAUUGCAGAAUGAACUUUCUUUGGCGAGAGAAACACACACAGAUCUGAAAGUUAAACUUGCUGACACGAAUGAACUGAAGAUCAAAGCAAUGGAGCAAGACAAAACCAUAGAAGAACUCAGCAAAUCUCAAGAGAAACUGGAAAAGAUGAAGACUAAAGCUGAGAAGCAAUUAACCUCUGUCCAGUCUGAGCUACAUGUUAGACAACGUGAAGCAAAGGAAGAUAAAGAAAAGGCUAAACACUUGUUGGAGUCUGUGACUACAGAAGCAACAGCACUUAAAUCAACUCUUGAAGAAGUCAUGAAAAGAGAGAAACAGCUGGCAGAUUUCCGAAGAGUCAUCUCUCUCAUGCUGGGUCUCAAUAUCGCCACUGUGGCUCUUCCUGACUAUGAAAUAGUAACUCGUCUCGAGGGGUUGAUCCAUUCUCAUCAGCAUCAUUGCUCUCCUUGUGCCUGCUUCAAGUGUCAGUGAAAGAAGAUGGACUUUCAUAGCUUCUCCACUGAGUGCCUCCUUUCUUUCUACAAAUAAUAGUUAUAACAGUGGAAGUCCGGUUGGAUGUUCCAAAAGUUAACAUUUUGUUGGAGUUAAAUAUUGCCUACUCCGAGGAAAAAGAACAUUAAGAAGUGCCAAUGAAGUAUCUUAAUAAAUAAUAUAUGUAUAAUUGGGUGAACAGCUUAUGGCCUCAGCAUCAAAAAUGAAACAAAAUUCUUAUAAUCAUCAAACAGUGGAAUCUCACAGAGACCUGAUAUUGAGCAGUCUCUCUCUCUCUCUCUCUGUCCCAUAAACUAUCCUGAGAGUGGAAGGGCAGAAGGAGGAAAAUUUCUUGUGAACAGAACUUUCCAGAUGCAACAGAUCCUCUUAGGAUACAAGCUUACAGCAUGUGUCAGUGCACUUGCUUUGUAAAACAAAAGAUAAGAUUAUUUCACAAAUAAUUGAGAAGUUACAAAACAGAUGUUCCCAUGUCUGAAGUUUUUUCGUAUAUAUAAUAUGCCUGUUUUGAGUCUGUGACAUGAAUAGGAAGUUCCCAAGAAUAUCAGUCCAUUUUUUUGUAUGUUUACAAUAGUGGUUUAAAUAUUACAAGAGUUCUUUAAAAUUGCAUCCAAUUUUAACACAUCAAAGAAUUACUAAAAUCUGAAGAAGAAUAUUAGGCUAGAACAUUCCAUAUGGAAAUUAUACUACUUGGAAGAAAUAUCACAUUGGCACAAAUUAAGCAGAUAAGAUUAGCACUUGGAGAGCUAAAAUUUAAAUAACAACUGAUUUAAAAUUUAAAACAUCCAUUAUGGCUUCAGUCCCAUGAUCCAUGAAAUACUUUCCCUGGGGUCCUCAGAUUUCUUGAAUCUUAGCUUCUAAAAGCAGAGAAAUGUUCAUUUUAAAGGAGAAACUUCAUACUUCAUUAUUUCAUAUGUGAGAUAAUAGCAAUAUCCAUAUUCAGUAUUUCUCCAGUGUUAGGAUUUGCCAAGAUUGACUAUGAAUAAGUAGUAUUCCUAGCCAUUCCAUGCUCUACCAUGACCCAGAAUUGAGGAGAAUUAUGUUAGUCCUUAAAUUAACAUUGUCCAUUUCUCUCUUUAUGGCAACAAGUUAAGACAAAGAAAAACCAACACAGGAAGGGAAAUGGUGGCAUCUCUUCCUUGUUGAAGCUUAAAUACAUAGACACUUUGAAUUUUUAGUAAUCUAUCAAAUUAGCAAACACUUAGUAAUAUUACAGGAUCAGAGAUUUAGAAGUGACCAUCCGUUCAUCACAGGACAGUUCCCAUGACUGAGAUUUAGAAGAUUAAAGGUUCAAUACUUUGCUAAUUUAAGAAAUCUAGAGUCUACUAUUCUGAACUAAAUCCCCUUUAGUAAUUUAAAUAAUUGCUUUAAAAAGGUCUAUCUAGAUCUAUUUUCUUUGGUAGAAAAGCUGAAGCAAUAACAUUUGGAAAACAAUUGUCAUUUAUAUGAGUGCAUUUUUAAAAAUAAACCUAUAGAUUUUAAUGAGAAUAAAUCAUUGCUGGAUAGUA